UCAUAUUGUUUAUAUUUUAUUUAUUUAUUAUAUUAUUAUAUAAGAAAUAAUUUAAAUGAUUAAUUAUAAUAUAAUAAUUAAAAUAUAUAAUAAUUAAAUAAUUUCGAUAAUUGAAAAAUUUAAUGUAAAUUAAUUAUAAAAUUAAUUUCCUUUAUUCAUUAUAUAAUUAAAGUAAACUGAACAAAAUUUGCAUAAAGAUAGAAAAAUUAACUUUUAUUUUCCUUGACAUCGUGAUUACAUGGUCAGAUCUAAAACUCUUAUGAAAUAAUUUUCAGUUAAUAUAUGAAUUCAUUAUGUUAAUCGUUUAUAUAACUAGAUUGAUGUCUCUUAUUCUUUCGAAAUUGUUUCAUUCGAGUUUAUGUAUGUGAUUCGAGUCCAUUAAGAGUAAAUUUAAUUAUUAGAAGAAAGUGAAAAAAAAGGAAAAAGAACGAAUUAUUACAAUAUGAAUCGUGUAAAAAAAUUGCUAUCGAGUAAAGAAACUCGAGAUUAUUUAAUGAGUACACAUUUUUGGGGACCUAUAGCUAAUUGGGGUAUUCCAAUCGCAGCAAUCGCUGAUAUACAAAGAGAUCCGAAAUAUAUUAGUGGAAAAAUGACGUUUGCUUUAUGUUUAUAUUCAGCAAUGUUCAUGCGUUUUGCUCUAAGAGUUGAACCACGCAAUUUGCUUCUUUUUGCCUGUCAUUUUGUGAAUGAAGGAGCACAAAUGACUCAAGGUUUUAGAUUUAUUAAAUAUCAUUAUGUAAAUAAAGAUAAGUAAUGAUUGGUAAAAUAGAUACUUGCAAAAAUA